AACACGACGGAAAGGAGCAGCAACCGAGUGAAAACCGAGUGAAAACCGAGUGAAAACCGAGUGAAAACCGAGUGAAAAAGGAAAAAUGUCCAGGAAAACGCGUUGGAAGAGGCUCGGUUCCUUAUUGGGCCGAAGAUCCAAUAUUUAUUCCGGGUCUCCUGGGAUGUUCCGCUCCUUUCUAUUGUCCUCCCAUUCCUCAGUGCUGAUGCUUCAUUUUCUAACUUCUAUAUUACCAAGGGACCUACGACAUCAGCACAGAAAUACCCUGCAAGUACAAAAUCCGUGCGCCAGCCCCGUCCGCGCAGAGGAGACGCGCGCGUUCCGCCAGCUUUUCACCGACAACCGAGGAGAACUUCAGCAGCUCUCUGCGUCUCUGACCGGAUUUUAAAUCACAUUUUUUAUUUCACAUCAUUAUUUGUUCGAUCGGCUCAGGGAGGAAAAGGGAAAAGAAAGAAAAUUACUUUGGAGAGACCAUGUCAGCGACCUUCCCCGGACUUGUCCACGACGCAGAGAUCCGUCACGACGGCUCCAACAGUUACCGGCUCAUGCAGCUCGGUUGUCUGGAGUCGGUGGCCAACUCGUCGGUCGCCUACUCGUCCUCGUCCCCGCUCACCUACCCGGCCCCGGCGGGGACGGAGUUCGCGUCGCCCUACUUCUCGGCCAACCACCAGUACACGCCCCUGCACCACCAGUCCUUCCACUACGAGUUCCAGCACUCGCACCCGGCCGUGGGCCCGGAGGCCUACGGGCUGAACUCGCUGCACUCGGGCCAGUACUACCAGCAGAUCCACCACGGAGAACCGGCAGACUUCAUCAACCUGCACAGCGCGCGCUCGGCCCUCAAGUCCUCGUGCCUGGACGAGCAGCAGCGGCGCGAGCUGGGCUGCCUGGACGCUUACCGGCGCCAUGACCUGUCGCUGAUGACGUCACACGGCUCUCAAGCCUACGGCGUGGGCAUGCACCACCCGGACCAGAGGCUGCUGCCCGCCGCCGGCCUGGGCCUCCCUCCGCCCGGCGCGGACGACCUGCAGGAGGGGGAACAUGCGUGGUGAACCCCACAGACCUGUUCUGCUCGGUUCCAGGCCGACUCUCACUGCUCAGCUCCACCUCCAAAUAUAAAGUCACCAUCGCUGAGGUGAAGAGGAGACUGUCCCCGCCAGAGUGCCUCAAUGCCUCCCUACUGGGUGGCAUCCUGCGYAGAGCAAAGUCCAAGAACGGCGGCCGGUGUCUUCGUGAGAAGUUGGACCGUCUGGGUCUGAACCUGCCUGCAGGACGGAGGAAAGCUGCCAACGUCACCCUGCUCACCUCCCUGGUGGAAGGUGAGGCGCUCCACCUGGCCAGGGACUUCGGCUACACCUGUGAGACGGAGUUUCCCAGUAAAGCAGUGGGAGAACACCUGGCGAGGCAGCACAGCGAGCCGAAAGAAACAAGUGCACGCAAGAAGAUGGUUCUGGCUACAAAUCUGAUCACCCACGGCUUCGGCACGCCGGCGGUCUGCGCGGCCCUCAGCACCUUCCAGACGGUCCUGAGCGAGAUGCUCAACUACCUGGACAAAAACUCCAGUGGGAAAGUGGGCGGAGCCAACGAGCAACAGAUCAACAACAGCUCAGAAAAGACGCAGCUCCGGAAAACUGCCGAGUCGCAGAAUAAAGACGGGAAGUCGGAAAAGACUGAGUAGCCCCCACUCCACCUGGUCCCCGUGCCUUGAAGAGCUGAAUUUAGUGUGUGUGUGUGUGUGUGUGUGUGUGUGUGUGUGUGUGUGUGUGUGUGUGUG